CUUCUUUCUUCUUCUUCUUCCUUCUUCUAGACCCAACAAGAUCUUAAACUAUAGGAAUUAAAGCUUAUACAAGUCUUCAAUCGAUAUCUGUUUUUCAUAAGAAAAGAUCAAUUAAUAGAGAUGAGAUCAAGAGAAUGCAAUGAAGAUGAGAUUCAAGCAAAGCAAGAAGGAGAGAAUAAUGAAAAUCAAGUAAACUUAAACAACAUGAUGCAGCAGCAGAAUCAGCCAGUGUCAUCAUCUAGGCAAUGGACUUCGGCUUUUAGAAACCCAAGAAUAGUUCGAGUCUCGAGAACGUUUGGUGGCAAAGACAGACACAGCAAAGUCUGCACAGUCCGUGGCCUUAGAGACCGGAGGAUAAGGUUGUCCGUACCAACAGCUAUUCAACUUUACGACCUUCAAGACCGAUUAGGGCUGAGUCAGCCAAGUAAAGUCGUUGAUUGGUUACUCGAAGCAGCAAAAGAUGACGUCGACAAGCUUCCUCCGUUACAGUUUCCACAUGGGUUUAACCAAAUGUAUCCAAAUCUUUUCUUUCCAAACUCAGGAAUAGGAGAAUCAUCAUCAUCGUCAACAUCAGCUUUUCCAGGUACUAAUCUUGGUUUCUUGGAGAGUUAUAAUGAUCUUGGUGGCUCUUCUUCAAGAACAAGAUCAAGAAUCCAAGAAACACCUAGAGAGAGUUUUGAUCUUGAUAAAGGGAAAUGGAUCAAACACGAUCAUCAUCAUCAAGAUCAUGGGUUCGACACCAAUCAUCAACAUUUCUCUUUGACGAAUCCUUACAACAACAACAACAAUACUUCAUCUUAUUACAACCUUGGACAUCUUCAACACUCGUUAGACCAGUCUGGUAAUAACGUUACUGUCGCAAUAUCCAAUGUUCCUAGUAAUAAUAACAAUCUCAAUAUGCCUCCACCCUCGUCUGCUGGAGACGGAUCUCAGCUGUUUUUUGGUCCUCCUCCUCCGGCAAUGAGCUCUCUAUUUCCUACGUACCCAUCUUUCCUUGGAGCUUCUCAACAUCAACAUCAUCAUGUCGUUGAUGGAGCUGGAAAUCUUCAGCUAUUUAGCUCCAAUGCUAACACAGCGUCGCAGCAACAGAUGAUGACGGGUAACUCUAGUUUGAUUAGACCGUUUCAUCAUUUGAUGAGCUCGAAUCAAGAUACGGAUCGUCAUAGUAGUGACAAUGAUUCAGAUUCGUGAUAGAUUCAUAUGAUCUUAUACUAUACAUCACAUAUGUUAUAUGCAUACGUAUUUUUCUAUAUUAUUUUUAUAUAUUUGCUUAUUGUUGGAUUUGGUUUUUGUUUUAAUUCAUCUUGUAUGUAUAUAGAGUUUUAAUAAUCUGAUAAAUCUCUGAUUUGGAUUCGAACAAAGAUAUUCGUAAUGCGAGCUAGGCUGGUG